AUGACCGAAACUGCCACCGAAGCGCCCGCCUUCGAGGUCCAGGUGCCGCUCUCUGAGCCCGCCGUCUCCGACGCUCCCCCGGCCGUCAAGAAGAACGCGCCGUUCCAGCUCACGGCCGCGCUCGCCGCCACGCCGUCGUUGAUCGAUGCCUUCGUCCACCAUCUGCACCGCUGCCUGCGCACGCGCGGCGGCACCGACACCGUGCUCCUCUUCUCGGCCUACUCCGCCCGCCUCGCCGGCGCCAUCCUCAGCAUCCUCGGCCGCACCGCCGUGCACCAGAACGCCCGCAAGCUGGUCGAGCUCGCCUUCAAGCUGCCGCCGACGGCGUCCGUCAGCCUGACCACGGCGUCGGCUCCCCCGCUGGCCGCCCUCGCCAUCCUCCUCUCCAAGCGCCUCGAGGCCUUCGUCGGCAUGCUGGGCGAGUGGCGCACCAUGAACCGCCUGUGGGGGCUCAUGGCCAUGUGGCUCGCCGCAAAGGACCUGCUACUGCGCCUGCGCAAGCCGGCCGCCUCUGAGACGGACGAGAAGGCUCCCAAGUCGAACAAGUUCAACACCACUGUCGAGGUGCUCCAGGUCGUCUCCCUGACCACCUACCACAUCGGCGAGGCCGCCGCCUGGUUCGGCGGAAAGGGCGUCGUCAAGCUGUCGCCCGAGACCCGCGGCCGCUUCUCCACCGUCAGCGUCCGCUCCUGGGGAGCCUAUGUUUUCAUGGAGCUCGCCCGUCUACUCGUCGAGCGCCAGCGCCGAACCGUCUCCGAGGACGUGACGGCCGAGAAGGAGUACAAGGACGACUGGUUCACCAAGUUCACCCACACCCUGGCCUGGGCGCCGCUGACCAUCCACUGGGGCUACGGCAAUGGCUUCCUGCCCGAGAUUGCCGUCGCAGCCCUGGCGACCUACCCGUCGGCUGCUCUCAUGAAAGACUUGUGGCGAUCCACCGCAUAG